CUCUAGGAUCAGGGAACCCUCCCAUGCCUGUAUAUCACAUUGAUGAUUAACUAAAACAAUAAACUGACUUGCGAUCAUUUGAACUUAACCCUUAUGCUCCAGGCAAAAUGAAUCGUUCUGAAGUGGCGCUCCACCCUAGGUUUACUAGUGGAUCACAGUACUUUUCAUCGUCGAGCAAAAAUGGCGGAUGACAAGGAUCCUUUCAAGCAAAUGAAGGAUCUAAACCAGCUCAAGAAUCAACUGGAAAGCAUCCAGAAACGUGUGGAGAGCGAAUUUGCAACAGGAGUCCCGCAGGGAGGCUCUGUGCUGGGAUCUCCAUUUCUGAAGGGUUUCCUAGCUGGGUACGUGGUGGCCAAACUCAGGUCCUCAGCUAUCAUCGGAGUGGUACUGGGAACAUUCACAGGUAUCUACGCUGCACAGAACUAUCAGGUGCCAAACAUUGAAAGAACCCUGAAAGACUACAUGAGUUUGUUUAAAAAAGGUCCAUAAUAAUGGGAGGAACCGGACCUCGGCUUCAUCUUCUAACUGCCUGAGGUUUUGGGCAACCCGUCUGAGGAUGCCCUCUUUUUCUUCCAGACUCCAACCUCUCCUGUGUAUACUGCACAAUGUUUAUUAGGACUUAACUGGAUUUUAAUGUGUCCCUUCAAAGUCGGUGUGCAAGGUUGUUUGCUUUGGGUUUUGUGCCCUGGGAUCUUAUGUUGUUCUCCACUGGUCAUCGUGAGUGAGAUGAUGUGUGUGUGUGUAUAUUGUGAUUAGGCAACAUGCCUCAGGAACGUAAAGGAUGUUUGACAGCUUGCCUUUGUAAAAGUUGCCUGGUUCAAUGUCCAUCCAGACAUUGAUUUUUUUUUUCUAUUCAAUGAUUUAAACGUUAAGACUGUCCCUUUUUUGUAAGCAGAAAUACAAUUUUAACAUAUUUUCCGAAUAUGGUAUUAUGGUUGAAUAGACUUAGAUGUUUCUUUUGCUUAUUGAAACACAUGUAUUAUGAUGUUUGCUUGACUUGAGGUGUACAGACCUGAGCUGUAGUAGCUGUACCUUCACUGACACAUUCUAGAUAUUCAGUGGUGUGAGUGACAUGCGGUAUUAGAAAUGAUUGUGAUCCAGAACCUGGGGUCCGGGUCCCCAACCCAUCACCGAAGACCGUGGAUGAAGGGCGUCCGGUGGGGUGUCCUCCUAGGACUGAUGGUGCUAAUCUAUGGCUCCCAUGCCCCUCUCAUCGCCAUGACCAAGGUGGACGGCCGGGUUCCCUUCAGCUCCUCGUCCUGUGUGGUUCUGAUUGAGUUAACCAAGUUGCUGGUGUCCCUGGUCACACUGCUGCUGUCUGGAGACCUGUCGGUACUGUGUGGCUCUCUGUCCCCGGCCCUUACGGCCCCCUAUGCAGUCCCGGCCAUCCUGUAUGCUGUCAACAACAACCUGGUGCUCCUCAUGCAGGCCUACAUGGACCCCAGCUCCUUCCAGGUGCUCAGCAACUUAAAGAUUGCCUCCACGGCCCUGCUGUACACCUUUUGCCUGAGGAAGAGACUGCGGUCCGCCCAGUGGCUGGCCCUGGGAAUCCUGAUGGGGGCAGGGGUGUGUCACAGCUACAGCAGCCUGGAUCUGGAUGGCCCAGGGCUGGCUGAGGACCAAGCGAGUCCCAGGCUUCACAUCACAGCCUGGGGCCUUGUUUUUGUACUGGUCUACUGCUUCAUCUCAGGGCUGGCAGCCGUCUACACUGAGCGGGUGCUGAAGGGCCAGCGACUUCCCCUCAGCCUGCAGAACCUGUACCUCUAUGUGUUCGGAGUGGCCAUCAACGGGGUCUCUUAUGUCUCCGGCAUGGAGAGCGGAAAAGGUUUCCUGGAGGGUUACUCGGCAGCGGUCUGGGCCAUUGUGGCGGGGCAGGCAGCCAACGGCCUGCUGAUGUCCGUGGUGCUGAAGCACGGCAGCGGGAUCACCAGGCUGUUUGUCAUCUCUAGUUCUAUGCUGGUCAACGCCCUCCUCUCCUGGGCUCUGCUUGGCCUGCAGCUGACCCCCCUCUUCCUGUUACCCAUCACCAUGAUUGGCCUAGCAGCCUACCUGUACUACAGGUAGCAGAACUCUGCCCUAAACCUCCCUGGGUUGGGGGCAGUGGACCUCUGCAAACUCACACAUCGCUACCCACCAAUAUCUCUGGCAGCUCUAUUCACCAGAUGACAUUGACAAAUUGAUAAGGUUUAAAUGUGUUUGGUUUUGAAAUGUCCCAAAUGGUCAAUUUAGUUAGUUGUUUGACGUUUAAAAUGUUAUCAUUGAUUAUGCAAUAGAAGUUGCACUUCAGGUGAGACUUGUGGCUCCCUUCAUCACACCAUCAAUGGUUUAUAUCUGUUACUCAUAAUGCACACUGCCUAUUUUCACUUGCCUUUGUUUUCCAUCUCAGUCCAAUUCAGCCACAUUCAGUCAUGCCUUUUUUUGAAUGUAUCAUGAGUGGACUCACUAAAUUGUUGGGUUUGAGUAAGUCUACAUAAUUUCAUCAUUACAUAACACUUCUUAACAGUGGUGCUAUAAUGGUCACUAUAGUUAUUUUAUUACUUGUGCCGAAUCGAACAUGAAAAAAGAUAAAUGGUAUGGAAAGUGUUGAAUACUAUAAAGUAAACUAUCUCAAAAAGA